UCCCUGGAAAGAGAGCAGGCUGUGAUUACACCGGCGCUCCUCCGCUUGCGGCGCCGCUGCAGGAACUCCGCACCCCGAGCCCAUGACUGGAGGUCCGGACCGUGAACCUGAUGCCUCUAUGAUCCAGUUAGCACCCCGGCGAGCCAGACAGCGAUCAGUUAGCAUCAGGAGCAGAGGUGAGCCAUGGCUGACCCAAACCCCAACCCCUCGCGGCCCCAGAGGAAGAUGUCCACGGCCGGUGAGAGCGUCUACAAGGUAUUAGGACUGGAGAAAGGCGCCUCGGCCGAGGACAUCAAGAAAGCCUACAGGAAGCUGGCGUUGAAGUACCACCCGGACAAGAACCCGGACAACCCGGAGGCGGCGGAGAAGUUCAAGGAGAUCAACAAUGCCAACUCCAUCCUCAACGAUGAGACCAAGAGGAAGAUCUACGACGAGUACGGCUCCAUGGGCCUUUACGUGUCCGAGCAGUUUGGAGAGGAAAGCGUCAAGUACUACUUCCUCAUGUCCAAAUGGUGGUUCAAGACGCUGGUGCUGUGCUGCACGCUCUUCAGCUGCUGCUGUUGCUGCUGCUGCUGCUGUUUCUGCUGCGGGAAGUGCAAGCCCCCCGAUGACGAGGAAAACUACCACUAUGUUGAUCCCGAGGACCUGGAGGCCCAGAUCAAGGCGGAGCAGCAGGACAGCGGUCCCAGAGUAGUCAUAAGCCAGCCCGCAUCUAGUGGGGGCGGGGAGACCCCAGAGGGCAAAAGCCAGCCCAUCCCCCUGCCCAUGCCCAUGCCGACGCCCCACCCCCAGUCGCCACCCUCGACCCGUCCAUCUGAGGGGCAGGAGAAAGGAGAGAGCUUGCCCGAGUCGAAAUGACUCGAAGAUGAUAGUGGACGUCAGCAACAACAGCAGGCAGGAAGCCCCGCCCCCUUCAUGAUUCAGCCACAUUCGCGUGCCAGAGAUGAACCAGCCCAAAACCACCAGCCGGCUAAGGCCCGCCAUCCUGCUUCCCCGACCCAAAGGAGAAGUCCAAAGCAGGGAAGCUUUGGUGCUUCCUCUUGAGGACGGACGUCCUUGCUGUGGAUUUCUUCCUCCAUCAUGUCUCAGCAUGCGGGUCAGGACCGUUCCAGGACCAGUCAUGAUGCAACACGGGAGGCGUUCCGAAAGGUGACUCUCAUUCACGAUGAUUAAUAUUCCCUUUGGUCUCACUUGGGACCGGGUCAUGUUGAAGCAGACUUGGCUAUGAGGCAAGAAAGCAUGUUUUUGUCAGGAUGCAUGCGCUCCAGUCCCACGCAGACUUGCCAACUGUGCUCCCAAACGACUCCCGUCGUCUUGUGCCACUAACUAGCAAAACAAAGCCAGCAGCUUGAGUGAACCACGUCACCGACCCUGACUAACGGAACAUUUUUACAGUCCAGUCGGAGAAAAAGGUGUAUUCUUGCUUGUCAAAGAGCUCCAUGCAGCCAGCGCACUUGGAUGGAUCCAAGCCCCUCAAAGGCAAUGCUGUCAUUUGUGUGUACAGUCCAUGUUGCCUGCAGCUGAUUUCUUUGCAAACUCAGCUCCAGCAGGGAAAAUGUGCGACUCUUGCUCAACAGGAGCAGGAAGGUGUUUCUUCCUCAGCUUUUAAAGGAAGUGUUGUGCCUUGGGGGGGUGGGGAGUGCAGUGUGACACUUGUUGUCGCGGUGUCUGUGGCAUUGAGUGGCUGGGGGCAGGGAGGCAGGGCAUGGCCUUGUGUAAUUUGCAUAAUUGGCCAUGACACAAAACUCCGGCCAGAGUGGAGAUAAAAAAAAAACCCAACAACAACUUGGUGUGUACACGUGCGUGCGUGUGUGCGUGGACGGUUAAAACUGAGCUUUUUGGUUUGUGUCAUAAGAAAUGUGAGACUUCGUCUCAUGUUUUUAAACCUAUUAUUAUUGUUGACUUACGGGUGUUGAGUUUCAUUUUGCGUGCGUACGCCUUAUAACACGCAAAACAGUCAUGUUUUCUGUGCUCUGUGUAAGCGUGCGCUGAUUUGAAAGGUAAUGUACAUGUGAUUGUACAGCCAAUAGAUCACUAUACUGAUGGACAGAUGUGUUUUGAUGCACCACCAAGUCAGUUGUGGUAGAUGCAUAUGAGGUGUGUGAAGAAACAGCGUUUCAAUGCCAUCUACUGGACAGAGUUGGAACCACACGCUACACAGACAGUCCCACUAUAAUGUUUGUAGCACUAAAUCAAUCUGUGGUCCUUUUGUAUGGGAAACAAGCGUCAAGUAGAAAGCCACUCGGACUCCUUUGCUGCAUUCCAUUUCCUCCCCUAUUAGCAUGUCGAGUGGAGAGGAGUGUCCUCAUUUAGCCAAUCGUGUGCUCUUCCUGUAAUGGUGUAAAUUAUUUGACUGGUCCAGUUGGAAGUGUGGACACUCACUAUGCAAAAUCAUCAUCUAUUUUAAUCAAAGCAGCUUUUUUUAUGUGACAUCAUUUAUGAUAAUUGCUGUGAAGCAUUUCACAUCAUUGUCACUUGUGAAUAUAUAUAUACACAAAAAAAGAUUAAAUGUGAAAGUUAUGUUUCUGUUGGCCAUAUUGUGAUGUUUUGUUAAAAAAAGAAGCACAUUUUACCAUCUGAACUGCAAUAAACAUGGACAUUUUAAAAGUAUAAAUAUACAUUUACAUUGCAUUUAUCUAGCCAAAUGUGUCAUUUUACAAUAACAAAAAACAUGAUGACUGAUGUAAAUAACACCUCAUGGCACGUUUUUAUUAAUGUCUGUUACAACAGUAAAUAUGCAUUUUGAAGUGAAUUUUUAUUCAUGAUGGUUUACUUUUGGGGUGCAUUACAUAUGCUAACCUGUUAGCGUGUUUUGAGAUAGGAGCUUCAUGUAAGCUGAUCACUCGGACAGUCUUAACUGUUCAUUAAAAAAAAUAUUUUGAGAAGUGAUAAUGAGACACAAGAGCAGACAUGAUAGUUAUGAAUAUAACUAUUUUUUUGUUUGAAUGUCCAUCUGUUUUUGUGCUCUGCAAUUCAACCAAAUA